AUGACAAUCAAUAUUGGUUGGAUUAUUUUCACAGUGAAGGGCUCAAAAUCUAUUAAGCACAAGCAGAUUUCUGAUAUGCAGCUCCAUUUUUCUCAUCCUUGUUCAGUAUAUGUGGAUGCUGCUGCUGCUAAUCUCUCUAGAAUAUAUGCCCGUGUUGUGAGGGCCAAUUUGAACUGGGUCUUCAAAAUCUCAGCAUUCUUUUCUUUUUUGAUUCCUGCUCCAAAUUCCUUUCAGGGUCUUCAAAAUCUCAGCAUUCUUUUCGCGCUGCGUUCUCUAACGCUACAAUUCAGUAAAGGAGAAGACUUUUCCUCCCCGGAGAUGAAUUACGAACCGCCGCCUCGGGAUCAGCUUCUUCCCUCGUGCCUCCCCAACCUCAACUGGAAUCACUCCAUGGACUUCCUGGCCACCAUUCUUCCCUCGCAGACAACUCCGGCGGCGGCUGUUGCCAUUUCUGGCGAGUUCUCCAGCUUCAUGGACGACCCUCUUAAUUCCAUGCAUAUCAACAGUUUGAUGUCGGCUCCCAACGACCCUGCAUUCACCGAAAGGGCGGCAAAUUACUCCUCUAACGCUGAGAACUAUGGAUCAAUUAUGGGCCAAUUCGGCCUUCCGCAGGCUGGAAGACUUUCCAGGGUUUCGAGCAGGAAGUUUCUUAAUGCUAAGGAGAGCCCAAUUCAAAGCCUUGCACAGUCGGAGAUAGGAGAUGGAGAGUUUGGAAGUGGCCUGGAAGAUUCUUCGGUGACUAAUCCUGCUUCAGUAACUGGAGAUAGAACCGUGAAGAAGAGAAAGGCAGCAUACAAGAGCAAAGGAAAGCUAGCAGAGGGGAAUAAUCUAAAUGCAAAGAAAUGCCGGUCUGCUGAGAGUACUGAAAAAGAUGAAGCUAGCGAGAAGGCGAAGGAAGAUCAGAAUAUUGAUAAGAAGAAUGGGAAGGUUAAUGGUUUGAAAAUCCUUGAUCCUCCUACAGACUACAUCCAUGUCAGGGCAAGAAGAGGCCAAGCAACAGAUAGCCAUAGCCUUGCUGAAAGGGUUAGAAGGGAAAAGAUCAGCCUGAGAAUGAAGCUGCUUCAAGAUCUUGUACCGGGUUGCAACAAGAUAACUGGAAAAGCACUCAUGCUUGAUGAAAUCAUAAACUAUGUACAGUCAUUGCAACGGCAAGUUGAGUUCCUUUCAAUGAAGCUAGCCACGGUGAAUCCACGGCUUGAUUUCAACUUGGAUAAUCUCAUUACAAAGGAGUCUCUUACAAAUCAUGCAAAAGCUUUGUUAUCAAAUUCACUUAUCCCCAUAGACAAUUUACCUGCUGCUAUUCCUUUUGUUCACCAAUCGAGGGAGGGAAUCCCGUUUCCUCGCACUGUUUCAAAUGUAUUUGAGACCAAUUGCUCCAUGAGUCAAUAUGAGUCAAUUCUUUAUCAACCUUCAAGUAUGGAAUCAUCUCUUGAUAUGUUUGGAGGUGCUACUUCUCAGGUGGGGAAUCUUUUGGAAGAUGUGUUUCAUAAUGUUAUUCAAACAAGCUUUGGUCAAAACCAGCAGAACCAGCAGAUUGGAGUGACCUCACCAAGCUUUCAUGCAGGACAAUUGUCAACAGCAAACAUGAAGAUUGAGCACUAAUUGUGUUAGCCUCCAUUCAAAUUGCAAGAACUCUUUUUAUAUUGAGAGAUCUGCAUGGAGUAACUAUAGUAUGAUCUAAAUUAACAAUUUAAGUGGUCAAUAGCUUCCAUUUAAUUUCCUCUUUUUUUCUUGGGUUACUGAUUGCUGCUUAGUAUUUGUUCAGCAGCCAUUGUAAGAUCUUUGUUGGCUACUGGAUACUGGCAUAUGUGGUGAAAUAUAUGUCUUAACACCACAUGAAAGAUGUAAUUUGGUGAGAGUAAGGGUGGGGGGAGAGGACAGAGAGAGUGUAGGUGGAAAUUGGAUUCCAUUGCAGCCACUUUGUUGUAUUAAAGUUGACUGUAUUACUAUCAAUUUAACGAGUAUUGUUUCAGUUGCUGCCUCAA